AUGAGAUGGUUUGAUGGCCUCAAGCCGAACUCCGUAAAUUACUUUAAGCAGCUAACACAGGCCUUUGGCUCUUGCUUCAUCACGAGCAGUAGGGUUCCACGGCCCUUGGAUUCCCUCCUGUCCUUAUCCAUGCGAGAAGGGGAGACCCUGAAGGCCUACUCGAAUAGGUACUGGGAGAUGUAUAAUGAGAUAGAGGGCAAUUAUGAUGACGUUGCCAUCAGUACCUUCAAGAGAGGACUACCGAUCGAGCACGGUUUAAGGAAAUCGCUGACCGAGAAACCGGUCACCAACGUGCGCCAGCUCAUAGACCGAAUCGACAAGUACAAGAAGGUCGAAGAGGUCCAGAUGGCAAGUGACCCCACAAAACGCAACCAGAACCUAUACUGUCAGUACCACCAAGAACUGGGGCACACCACCGAUGACUGUAGAAAUCUGAAAAACCACUCGGACCAGCUGGUCCGAGAGGGAAAGUUAAGACAUCUCUUGCAUCAUUCUAAUGGCCGACAAGAACAGACGAACGUUGAGGCAAGGCAAAGCACCUUGAGAUCGCCUAUUGGCACGAUAAAUGUCGUUCUUGCCGCUCCAGGAAGAAUCGGCUCCCAACCUUUCAGAGUGAUGUCAGUGGCCCGAUUCCCCGCCGAGGUUGACGAUCGUGAGUCUAAGAGGGCUAAGGGGAUGGCCUCGCCCAUGCUCGGAUUCUCGGAUGAGGAUAAGGUUGGAACUAUCUAG